GAUGUGUCAUCUGUUCUGACCUUAUUUGUAUUUACUUUUACCUGCACAGGUAGCAAAGAAGUGAAAAUGUGAUUUUAACAGGUAAAUUUCAUUGUGGCUAAAAUAAGUGAAUAUUCCAUAAAACAAUUUCAAUGAAACCAGAAGAAAAUGGAUAGCAAUGAAUUUCCAUCCAUCCGCUCCGAGGAUGGAUACAGUACCUCCACAUCACUAUCAUCUGGUCUAACAGGAUAUGAGGAUGAGUUGAAUGAGAUAAAACAUAUCCUAAAUCUUGGUAGUGUUCAUAAAGUGAAGAAAAAUGGGACUGAUAAAAAUACCAUUGAUGUUAGUACAUAUGAGACAAGAAUCAAUAAUUUAACAUCAGAAUUGCAGACAUCCCUCAAGCUGAAUGAGAAAUAUAAGAAUCAGCUAUUUUCAUUGGAGAGGAGCAAUGAAUUGAGAGUACAUGAGCAUUUUGAGAAACUGUUGCAAGCAAAUUCAAGUUUAGAAAAUCAAUUAGCUAGUGCCAAUAAGCAAUUCAGUCUGUUGAUGAAGAAUAAAUCUAAUAGUCUUCCAAAUAGUUUAUCUCUAGAGAAGCUAGUAAGUGAAUUGCAAAUUGAGCUGGAGCAAAAUAGAAAUGAGAAUCAUGCAAAUACAGCAAUACAUCAAGAUUUAAAUUUACAAUUGAAUGAAUUGAGUUUAGAAUUGAAAAUAAAACAGAAUUGUAUUGAUGAAUUAAAGAAGAAAGUAACUGAACAGCAUAUUGAUAUUGGCAAAUUGAAGCAAUCAAAUGCCUUGUUGACAAGCAACUGCACUUGUGUGAAAUUGGAAUUUGAACAUUUGAGAAAGUCUAAUGUUUGGUAUAAGGAACAACUGCAUUCUUGCCAAACAGAAAAGAAGAAAGUUGUAGAGGAUUUUUUGACUGUAAAAAAAGAUUUGAUUAAUGGAAAUAGGGAGAAUGAAAGGCUACAACUGCAAAUGGAAAAUUUGAAAAAAAAAUAUAUGGAACUGAUGAAUGACUACAAAAAUUUGGAGGACAACCUAUUAAAACAGAUUCAAAAGUUGGAAACUAAAAAUACGUUAAUGCAACAACCAUUAGAGCCAGUAAAGAAAAGAGUUAAUAAUGUGCACGAAAACGAAAUAAAAAGCCUACAGGAGAGUAUAUUGGUGAUCCAGUCAAAUCUGGAGGAGCAGAGGACUUUGUUCAAUGCUAUUUCUAAGGAAAACGUUAAUUUGCAAUCGCACCUAACAAUAGUGGAAAACGAGCUUGAUAACAAACAGUUAAGCAUUGAAUUGACAGAAUGUAACUAUAAAGAGAUUAGCACAAAAUACCUGGAAAUCAAAGAAGAAUUGAAACAAAGGAACAAUCAAUUGUUAUCGAGCAACUCCCUGAAUAGUAAACUGCAAUUGGCUUUAGAAUCAGUGACAGAAGAGCGGGACGAGAUUACCAGAUCCAUCGUUGCGGUGCGUAAAGAUUUUCAGCGCUUUCUAAAUCUGCACCAGGAAACUAAGCAGGAAUUGUUGCAGCGGAAGAUGGAAGCAGAAAAUUCCGAAUACGAUCUGAAGGUGAGCCAGAAGAUGCUCAAGGAAUUUGAGACUAGCGAGAAAGAGAAUUUCAUGAUAAUUCGAUCAGUUAACGAUGAACUGAAACAUUUGAAGGACGAUAAACUGGUAUUGAUGGAAGUGAAUGCUAAUAAGUGUCACCAAUAUGAAAGAGCACUUGAUGAGAUGAGGAAUAAUAUUGUUACUUUGGAAAAUGUUCUGAAAGGAGUGCUUGAUAAUUUUACUGAAUAUUUUGCGCGCAGGCCGGUGAAGAGUAUUCAGGAAUCGGGGAUCGAAUAUGUGACCAAUUUGAAUGCCUUCUUCGAGAAGUUGCAGAAGUUUGGAGGUACCGAAGCGCACGCGAUUUUCAAACGCAAAUUGCUGGAUAGAUUGCACAAAAUUGAGGAUCGCGUGAGCGUUGUCGAUACAAAGUGCGAAGAGAGUUUCAAGUUGCUCGAAACCAAAACGACAAGUAAGCCAUGCAUCACUACGGGAGCGGAUGAUCUUCUCAAAUUGAGGGCUGCGCUGCAAGUGAAAGAUUUAAAAUCCUUGGAGAAGCAGAAAAAAUAUGAAAUAGUGAAUAGAACAUUGCUGAAAAAGAUCAAAGAGCAUAUGAAGGCUAGAAGCAAAGCAGAAAAACAGUGCUCGUAUUUGGAGACGAUGUACAACGAUACGAUGGAGAAAUUAAAUACAAGCAGGUUGGAGUUGAGUACAAAGGCUGCGGAGCUGGCCGAUUUUAAAAAUAUGUUCCGCGAAAAAAAUCGAGCCUUAGAGAAACUGCAGAACGCCGUCACGAAUUUAGAAAUGAAACUGGAACAAAACAAAAUUUCUUCUGAACAGCUAAAUGCUAUAAGCGAAGAGAUAAAAACUAAGCACGCGUGUAUAGUUGCUCUUAAUUUAGAGUUAACUGCUCUGAGAGACAAAAGUGAUAGGCUAAGAGAACAUUACGAUAAAGUAUUGAUUAAAUGUGAUAAUUUACAAGAUGAUAAAAUACAGUUGGAGAAUUCCCGACAAGAGCAUUUGUUGGACUGCACGAAGACUAUAGGUGGUUUAGAGAUGGAGUUGACGGAACUGCAGGAUAAAAUCGAGUAUUACCUAAAGGAAAAUGAGAUAUUGAAGUGCAAUAUGAUAAACAAGAACUGCGAAAUCGCGGACUUGCAGGAGAGGAAUGGGCGGAUACAAAGUGCAGCAAACGAAAAGGAGCAGUUUGUAAAGAGGUUGCAGAACGAAGCGAAUCAAUCGAUGGAAACCUGCAAAAGAUCUUCGGCGGAGAAGAUGUGCUUGCAAGGUUUAAUUAACGAUUUCAAAACGGCCUUAAACUCAGCCAUCAAGGAAAAUCAGGAUUUGAAGCAACGGAUUCUACUGCUAACUAAAGAGAAAAUGUCCAGUAGUUUGCCAACCGAGCUGAUCAUAAAUCCGCUGGAUUACAAACAUAUCAAUUCGCUUAUAAAUAGGGCCCAGAUGAGCGAAGUGAACUCAUUAGGUAAACUGGAGGAUUCCCUCAACUGUCUGAAGAGAGAAAUGGCUUGUCUGCAGAAGCAGAUCGUAGAGAAGAAUUUCUCCGUUUCUAGUCUAUAGGGCAUUAAAUUUUAACGAUAUUUGUUGUUAUUAUUAGCGUCUUCAUUCAACAUAAAUUAUUAUAAUCAUUGUCUUCCUUCGCAACGUCGAAUGAAGUUCAAAUAAUUGCAUUCCAUUUAUGAUAAGAAAAACUAACGACUGUGAUUAUAGCCUAAGGAUUAAAUAAUAUAUAUUGAUAAAAUAACUAUACUAUUAUAUGCAUAAUAUAGCAAA